UGUGGCAUCAGGAUGGCAGUUAGACAGGUUGUUCUCCAGCCUUCACUGGCUUUUUCAGGACAGUCCGGCAAGGAGAGAGGACUACACCAAAGUAACAGGAAACUCACUGUUUGCUUUGAAGUUCUGCAAACAUAGGUGGUUGGAGAAUGUCUUGGUUGCAGAACGUACACAGAGUAUGUGGGACAGUGUUGUCAAGUAUGUUCAGAGUGCAAGGGCAGGAAAAGUUCCACAGCCACAGAAUAAAUCCUUUGAAACUGUACAAGAGUUUGUUGCAGAUCCCUUUACGACUGCAAAAGUCGCUUUCUUCCUAUCAGUAGCCAAGCAAGUGACACCGUUUUUGACACUCUAUCAAACCGACAAGCCUAUGCUUCCUUUCCUGGCUACAGACCUGUACAGCAUGCUUGGGGGAUUAAUGAGAAGAUUUAUUAAGACCACUGUUAUCAGUGAAGCCAAAACCCCAUUGAAGCUUACAAAACUUGACCCUGCUGACUCCAGCAUUCAUGCCUCUCAUUCCAAGAUUGACCUGGGGUUUACAGCUGACAAGAAGAUCAAGGAGUCGAUUGCAAAGUCCACAGUUUCAGAGAAAAGAGUGCUUCAGUUUCAGAUGGAAUGCAAGGAGUUCCUUAUGAAAGUAGUUUGCAAACUGAUUGCCAAAGCACCAAUUCAGUAUUCCCUUGUAAGGAAUAUAAAUUGCUUAGAUCCAAGAAACAUGAUGAGUGACCAUGAUGUUUCCAUCACAAAAUUCAAGAGAGUUUUGACUACCCUUGAAAAUGCCAAGAAAGUCCCGGAAGGUGAAUGUGAUUCCCUUUUGGAACUAUUUAGACAAUUCAUUAUGGAAGUCCCCUCUUCUUCUCCGUCGGAGUUCAAAGACUAUGAUCCUAACAAUGAUAGACUUGAUUCCUUUCUGUAUCUUCACAUGGGACAGAAGCGAUCCUACCAAUCAUUGUGGAAAGUAGUCUCAGAGCUACUGAUAUUAUCACAUGGCCAGGCCAGUGUCGAAAGAGGAUUCUCAGUCAAUAAGCAACUGGAAGUCGAGAACCUCCAAGAGCGCUCCUUCAUUGCUCAAAGGCUGGUACAAGACCAUGUACAAUCUGUGGGAGGUGUCCUUGCUGUUUCAAUCAACAAACCACUUCUUUUGUCAGCUGCAGGAGCUAGGCAGAAGUAUUUAUCAUAUCUUGAUGAACAAAAGAGGAAGAAAACCUCUGAGGGUGUAGAACUGAAGCGAAAGGAGCUAGUCGAUGAACUUGACGAACUUAAAAAGAAAAGAAGGCGUUUAGACAGUGAUGUUGACAAUCUUGUUAAAUCGGCAGACGAGUUUGCACAGAAAGUAGAGGACACUGGGAAACUUGUGUGGAUUACAAAGUCAAAUAGUUUGAGGAGAACUGCAAAAGAAAAGGAGAUAGCUCGCAAAGACCUUGAGUGCAAAAUUGCGAAUGUUGUGGAUGAACUAAAAAAGGCAUAGACUUUUAGCUCGACUUAAGCUCGGCACAAUCGCUACUAUGAUAAGGUGAACAUUCUUUUAUUUUGC